CGGGCGGGACUAACUCUGAGCCAAUCGUCUGCUUCAUCUGCUCAGAUAGUGCAACAUUUCGCAGUGGGCAGAACUAGCAGCAGAAGCCGUAGGAUCGGGCGGGCCAGGCAGCCGCGGAGCCCCUGGGAAAGCAGCGCCGAGUCUUCCUCUCCCGGACUCAAACAUGAAUGUUGGGGUUGCCCACAGUGAAGUUAAUCCCAACACAAGGGUGAUGAACAGUCGAGGAAUGUGGCUCACAUAUGCUCUUGGAGUUGGCUUGCUUCAUAUUGUCUUGCUCAGCAUUCCUUUCUUCAGUGUGCCAGUUGCAUGGACCUUAACCAAUGUUAUUCACAAUUUGGGAAUGUAUGUGUUCUUGCAUGCAGUAAAAGGAACACCUUUUGAAACACCUGACCAAGGUAAAGCAAGACUGCUGACUCACUGGGAGCAACUGGACUAUGGUGUACAGUUUACAUCUUCACGGAAGUUCUUCACAAUCUCUCCCAUAAUCUUGUAUUUCCUAGCAAGCUUCUACACAAAAUACGACCCCACGCAUUUCAUCCUAAACACAGCCUCUCUCUUGAGUGUACUUAUCCCCAAGUUGCCGCAACUGCAUGGAGUCAGAAUCUUUGGAAUCAACAAAUAUUAAGCAAGAGAGAUGAAAUGGGAGCAAUCUGACCAACAUCCAUGUGGCUACUGUUUGUUUUUCGUGGAGGAAGGAACAGUUUGCAGUGCCACUUGUGUAGUAAUCUACAGUGAGACUUGCUACUCCUAAGAUGUAAAUGCUAUUCUUUCAAAGCUGUGUGGGAGAGAAAUAGACUUUCUGAAGAUGAGUGAAACUUGAGUUAUAUCUUCAGAGGACAGGCUUUCCACAAGGAGCUGGGCAGGCCUAGCUCUGUUAUGUUAGCAGCAUUGGCAGGAUAUAUGCCCAGCUAACAAACAAGUUACAAAAACUACAUGAAUUACUUGGUUGAAAUAUAGAUGUUGUUUCACAGAGAGCUAUGGUAGUGUAGUGCACUAGUUGGUGGUGGGGGGAGGCGAUGUACCCCAAAUCAGUACUUAAGAAUUGGUAUGGUUUAGAUUCUCUAAAGUAGUGCUUCUUGGGUGGCUUUUGUUUCUGUUGUUUCUAGAUCCAGGAGUUUCUGUCCAGUUGCAGGUGCUGCUAGGUUAAUAUUGAAUUAGUAAGUUGUUGUGACUGAGUCAUAAUGGGUUUCAUGCCUUAUCUAUUCCUGUGACCUUUAAUCACAACGACUUCUCCAGUUUUAGAUGCCAAAACUCAGGGGACUGCUACAUCAACUCUUAAGCCUGUCUUUCAUAUAAAUUAAAUUGAUCAAAGCUUGUUUUGUUUCCUUUCCAGACUAAGCUUUUUGUUCUGAAAUAGUCACUCUAUAGAGUAUCUGAAAACUAUAAUUCCAUCUUUCUUUUUAAUGUGGAACUGUCUUAAAUAGUUGGGUUUCAUAACGCCUGCUCUAGGAGGAAAUGGUUUUUUUUACUUCAGAAACUAAUGCAGAUUUCUGUUAGAACUAUUGUUUACAAUAGAAAAUACGGCCCUUUCCUCUACUGGGAAUUAUAAUAGAUAGGAAGCUCAAAAACCAAGUGAUUGUAAUGUGUAGUAAUUCAUAGGAAUUCUGCAUCUAGGGUUAAGGAGUUCUGUUUUGCCUUUUUCCUUGUACUUGAUAUCUGGAGUUUCUUUUCAGACAGAAAUUGAGUAUGUACAGCAGACUUUAGUUGGCUUGACAGAGGAGCUUCAGUUAGCUAGAGAAUAUUUUGCCUUAUUAAGAGCUUAGGGUCCUAGUUUCAAUAUGAGGUACUGCAAUCACACAUGGUGUCAGCAUGCAGAAAGACAACCUGAUAUUGAGAUUGUCUAUGGGACAAAUCAUUUUGUGUAACGACAAGAGGAGGCAUGUCUUUUCCCCCUAUUGAAUGGGGGCUAGCUAUGACUUACUGGUAUCAAUGUACCUUAGUGUAAUUUAAAACUCUCUCUGUGUCCAUGAUGACUUUUGAAUUGAAGCCAGUAGAUAUUAGACUCUUAGUUAAUGUUGCUUUCUGAAAAUAUCUGUCUUUGAACAAUAUCAGUGUUUUUAUUAAUAAAAGUGGAUGACAUUAAGACUGAG